CACCCUACCCGAUGGAUCCCGCGGGAUUUAUUUUCGGAUCGGUAUGACGCCACCGGGCGCGUUUACAGUAGUGCCGCGCCGCACAGCCCCGAAUUCGCUCCUCGCACUGUCUGAUUCCUCAGUGAGGUCCGCGGCCGUCUGCCGCUCGAGUCCACGCGACGAUUAAUCGAUGUAUCUGCCUUCGAUCGAUCGAUCGAAAAGCGCCGAAAGCGGGCAGAAACGACGACCGUGAGUCUGUGAUCGAUCGCGCGAUUUUCAGACGAGCAAACCGGGCGAACGAGAUACAAAAAGGUACUCGCGCGCAAUUAAACCGCACCGGAUUAAAAGUCGAGAAAGUAUUUCCCUCUUUCGAAUCCCUUUACGCUCAAUAUUCUCCGUGAAAGUGCGUAUGUGUUUGGUGCAUUAAAAAUGGUACAUUGAAAAAUUGAAGCUGCAUGAUUUACACGGCGAUUCACAGCGUGCCAUUGAUCACUGUAUGAUAAACUGACGUUUGAUCGCUGUAGCUAUAAAUUUAUACCAGUGUGUUCCCCACAUUUUGCACGUUCCAUCAACUGUGAGAGAAGAAGUUAAAAUAAAACUGUUCGUAUCAACGAGAAAAUUUUGCUGGACUUUCAUCGAAAAUUACGUGUGUUGUUUAUACGUGCAUGCAUAUUGCCAAGACAUAUUUAACGUUGCCCGCUGCGAUAUACAGAUGCACAUCAUAAACGCCAUCAUCGCUCGCACGUGUAGGAUCGUUUCGCGAGCGCAGCGGUUCGUCUGCUUUUGCGAAUUACGAGCGGCGUGCUGGAACGCGCGAGAGAUGGAUCUUCCGCGAAUCAGCUCGCAACGCGAGACGUGACACGAGAUCGUGCGUGUGUAUGUGUAUGUGCGUGUGUCUCUCUCUCUCUCUCUCUCUCUCUCUCUCUCUCUCUCUUCUCCUUCCUUCUCCACCACUCCGGCAACUGCGAGGAAAGAAAGUCAACUCGAGUCUCAGGUCUCCGUCGCCGCGAAUUUGACAGACUGCCAAGUCCGCGAGGUCGCGUUACAUAACGCCAUGUAACGCGCGCGAAUUUGGACUACGCGUCUGCGAGAACGAACGAAACCGGCAACCCGCGGUCUCGCGACCGUCGUCGAUCAUGUGAUCGUGCAGCGAAUGCACCAACUCGAAUGCCACGGCGCGAGUGCGCAUACUAUACUGUAUACGCGAUUGCUAUUCGCGGUCGCGCAGAAAACGGGACUGCAGUUUUAACUCGGAGCUUAUCGCUAAGCGAACACGGUUGGACAGCAACGAUUCUAAAUCACGCGACACGCGGUCACUCUUCAGAAAUCCGAAAUUAUUUUCCGAACCGCGGUCGCGUAAAGUGUAUCUAUCAAUGAUUUCCGAGUGAUUACCGAGUGCUGCAUUUUAUUUAUUGCACUCUGAUAUUUUUAAUUAAAAUACAUAAGAAAUACAUAAUUAUUUUUUAAAGUAUAAAUUAAUCGUUGUUAUAUGAAUCUCGCUUAUAAACCGUCUUGGGAAUAAAAAUUCGAUCUGAUGUACGACGACGUGAACAACAAACAAAACGAGACGACGGUCGACGAUCUUCUUCGGGCCCCAUAAAAUUCAUCGAGGCAAGGCAGGGCCCGUUAAGAAAUCCAGAGAGACGGCGAACCCGUUCGGAACGAGGAAUUAAUCGGGACGAUCAGCGGGCGAGCGAGCAAGCGGUUUUUCCGGCAGAUUAUUCGAGCGAGAACGAGCGAGCUGGAGAGGAGAACCGGGACCAUGAAGAACGCCCAUCCGAUCGUCAGCGCGACGGCGGCUUCCAGUCCGGUCGGUCCAGAUUCCACGGGUCUUGGCGAGCCGGCGGAGCCGAUCAUCCGACUGAAGCUGCAGAAACCGCUGCACUGGGAGUGGGAACUGACGACAUCCGCCGACGCGCUGCCCGUCAUCCAGCUAUUGGACAAGGACGGCCGGUUGCUGGUGGAGACCACCGGCCGAACGGCGCAGCGAGCGAGAGGAUCCUUCAAGGAGGGCCUGAGGACCCAUGAACAAUUCCCCGCCGACGAGUCUAUCAGAGCCAGCUCGAGGAGUACGGAGCAAACGUCCUCUCCCUCGACAUCGUCGACCACGUCGUUCGUUGUGACGCCGUUUCAAGGUAAUCGCAAUAUCGACGGCUUCAGCAGCAAGUUCGGUACGUGCAAUUUCCCACCACGGAAAUCGCGAAGUGACGUUAAUAUUAAAGAAAAACGAAGCAAGAAAAGGCACUCGUCUGCCGGGGAGAAACCGACGAUGAAAACGAAGUCUUUGGAGAGGAACGUCGAAGGAACAACGGCGGGAUUCAAGAGAUACUCCGCCGGAGAUUAUCUGCGACAGCAAAUCAUGGACGAUCUGCGUACAUGCGGUAUGAUCGGGAGGACUCCGGAGGAAAUCGCCAAAGACAGAUGCAAGAAAGUCAAAGCGUAUCUAAGGAGCCAGAGCGAAUCCCAACUGGGAUUAGUCCGUGAGGAAGAGUGCAACGGAAACGAAACGAAGGACACUACUAAGCCAAACUACGAAAAGAGCCCCGGAAAUGCUAAUUUAAAGAGAAACAAUACGAUCAAUUCCGAAGAGAAAAAUCCAAAAAGAGAAAAUGGAGAAAACAAAAAAGUGAAGUCGUAUCUGCGAACUCGAAGCACUUUAAUCCCAAUGGAAAACGUGGCGACGGAGAAUUCCAAUCCGGAUGAAGGGGAUAGAGUCAUUCGCAAGAUAAAGGACGACAUGAAUGAGGAAGAGUUGACGAGAAUCAGAACAUUCCUGCGCGAGAAGAUACAGCGGCGGAUGAAUAUGGAACAAGCGUAUUCGAGACCGGCCAUUCGCUCCGCCGACGUUUCAGAAAUCGUUGAGAAUAUCGGAAUCAGGAAAAGAUACUCGGACUAUAGUCACGAGCAAAAUCAGAAAACCUAUAGAACACGGAAGGCGCGCAGUGAGACAAGUAUCUUGCGAUUCGAUCCCGAAGUAUUUGAGAGAGAAAAGCUAAAAUCUAAAAGACAAUCGGAGAAAGAGAAGUCGAUGGACUGUAGAGAAUUCACGGAAGACUCCCAGCCUGACAGACAGCUACGUAACUAUCGACGAUCGAGGAGCGAAGCCUUGAUCGAAGCUUCGGAACAACCGGACAAUCGAGCGAGAUCGCAGCUAAAGAGAGAGUCGUCGAGUUUGGAGAAAAGAAAGGUAUAUCGGAAAACCAAAAGCGAUAUUACGCUCGGACAAAUGGCAACGGCAGCGGCUAAGGACAACGGUAAGGAGUUCGCAAAUCCCGUGAGACAUAUAAAGAGCCAGGAGAAUGUGGAAAAGUCCUGGCGGGAAUAUAAAGAUCGGAAAAGAAGCGAGCGACUUCGUCGGGAGCCGGAAAAAGAAGCGCCCGAGGAGGAUUUCAUGGCCAAGCCGAGAUGGAAGGACCUGCAACGCGAUCUCUGCUCCUCGCGCAACUGCAAGGUCUGCCAAAACUUGAGAAACUGCAUGAACCCAUUUUACGAGCGAAGCGAGAAGCCUCGGAAGAACGAAGAGUUGCCGACGAAAAAAGAAGCUGUUGCGAAAGAUUCCGAAGAGGAGACUUCGUCGACGAACGGUAGCAGACCCAGUACUAGCCUGCAGGAAAAUUACUUGCUCGUCGAGGAGAGGAACGCGAACGAGUGCCAAUCGUCGAUCAACGCCAAAGCUCAAGUGAAAACUCGCGGCAAUGACAUUAGCAGUGUGUCCGCGUUAAAUAUUAAUUCUCCGGAUUUCGGAUACAACUCCAUUCCUUCGAAGAACGCCUUUAAAGAUUAUCGAGAGUUAUACGCACGGUCAAACGUAAAGAAGAGUGAUACUUUCAAGAUCGUUGACGGAAGCGAGGAUUUAGAGGUACGUGCAAAUAACUUCGAUUCGGAAAUAAAUGGCAUCGAUGGUUCCGACAACGAAUUCGGCUAUCUGAACGGCGAGGUUUUGCUAGCGAACAAAUCGAACGAGGACAUCACGAAGGAUUAUUUCAAGAGAGUUUACGAACUACUAAAAAGGAGGCAAGAAGAGAUGCGAAAGCCGGUGGAUGAAAGUCACGAGUUUCCGGGCCACGAUGACUCUUCGUCCUCGAAUUAUGUCGAGGAAACGCAGAAGAAAAGAUAUCGCCGCAGAAGGAAAGACAAAAGCCCACAAGGUGAGGAAGUGGUGACGGUGCCAUCCACCAGCAACGGUGGUGAGAGCUGGAAAGCGCAGAGGCUGUCCGUAAACGUCGAAUCGCCACAAUCGAGCAAUCGUCGCCGUGGCUGCCGGCCUCAAUUGCAACCGGUAGUUUCCGGUAAGAGGAAUCGGCCGGCGCCACCCCCACCAUCGCAGCCGAUAUCCUGCAAGGUCAAUGCCAAAGACCGGAUCGACGGGUACUUUGACUGGCCGAACAAGGAGAAUACACCCGGAAAUGCCGUGAAUCAUCAGAAAGAUAAUCAUCAAACGAACCAAGUUCAGACGGCUGAGGAGUUGACAAUGGGUUCGAAUCUAAGCAGACAUAAUGGAAAGGGCCUGACUGGCCGACGCACUCAAUCUUCCGGAAAUCUCUGCGAUCCUAAGGGAAAACUCAAUAGUAUGGGAAAAAUAUUGGUACCCUGCUCCAGCGCACAAAGAGAAAGGUAUAAAUUUUGCGGUUCUCUGCCAAACCAUUUGGACGACAAAGAUGUGCUGGAUGACGAUCAACGGGAUAACAAUAACAUCUCAUCCGAUAAUGUCAGCGGAAAUUUCGGCACAUUACCACAUAAGAAGCGCUCGUUAGGAGUGCAUUUCUCGGACAGCGGACCGACUGGCACUUUGGAUCUCGUUAAACAUCGAUCACAGGAUUCCUUGGAUGAGAACGACCCGUGGAGGUAUCAACAGAGCGACCUGGACCUCGUGCGAACUCGUCACGGUAAUUUCGACUCGGUCAAGAGAAAUCGCAGCGCCGACACUGUACUGGUCGAUUCCGGCAGGAGGUACGGAGGACGCGGUGUGUCCUCCUCGGAGGACAGAUGCCAUCGGAACUCGGACCUCGACCUAGUCGGCACGCUGCCGAAACGCAAGCAGGACGCCAGAAACAGCAGCGGCAGGAGCCUGCAGUCGAACACGUCGUCCUCACAGCCGUGCAUAAUGAACGUGACCGACGCCGACGACGACUUGCUGAUGAAGAUGAUGCACAAGCCCGAUUGCGAGCUGCUCAAGCAUCGUCAGCAACUUGGCAAGUGCGUCGAUCUGAAACUGAGCAAAUUGACGAGCGGCGAGCCGCAGGACCAGGGAUAUGCAUCCGAACGUUCUCCCGAGGACGAACAUCCGCCGUCGUUACCAGGCCAGGUGUUUCCAAAUGUGACACUCGAGAACACAUUCCGAGUAACGCUACAGAAAAGCAGUCGCGGUCUCGGCCUCAGCGUUUCCGGUGGUGGUACCGCGGGACCUGUCAGGGUGAAAAGACUCUUUCCUCAACAGCCCGCUGCCCUGUCCAACAAACUUCAAAUCGGCGACAUACUACUGGCUGCCAACGGGAUCAAAUUGACUGGCCUUACCAAUUACGAGGCUCUCGAAGUUCUGCGUACGACACCCAGCACGGUCGAGCUGGUGGUGUGCCGGCUUCCAGGAGAAGAUAGUAAUGUCACGCCACCCGGUGCACCGCCGCCACCCCCAGCAAGACGUGAGCCGCCGCCUCCGUUACGUUUACUCAAUCCUCUACCGCCUUUACAAAUCGAGCCUUGCGGUGAGUUUGAUAUUGAAAUGACAAAGGUCGGCGGCAGUCUCGGCUUCACCCUGAGGAAAGCGGAUAGCAGCGCCCUGGGUCAUUAUGUGCGCGCAUUAGUCCGAGAACCAGCGUUGAGCGACGGUAGAAUUCGACCGGGAGACAAGAUCGUCGCGGUGGACGGUGCGCCGUUAUCGCCGAUGAGCCACGAAGAAGCGGUCCAGCUGCUGCGACAAUGUGGACCAACGGUGAAGCUGCGAUUGUACCGAGAUCUAGCGCAAACUCCGGUCUCAGCACUUUCGCCUACCGAACCCGAUCACCCCCUCCGUCCGCCACGAACAAGCUUGAGACAAGAAGCUGUGGAUAUGUUAUGCGAUCUAGCAGUCCGGAAAUUGUCACCUGGUACAUCGAGUGGAUCUAGUAGCUGCAAGCAACAAUCGCCUGGAGCAUCGUAUAAUUCACCUCGAAGACGUCGGCUUGCCACGCGUACUCCCACAACCGAACAAGAAACCCCCGAGAGCAAGUCGCACAACGUGCAAACGACGUCGUCGUCGGUCAGUCUCCGGACGGAGACCACGUCGGACUCGGACCAGUGCUCCGUCAAGACGGAAAUCACCAAUUCCCAGGCAAACACACCUGCGACCGACAUAAUCGAUCCGCCGGCGCUCUACAUCUACGACGACGGCGACAACGACGACGACGAGUCGAGGCCGACGUCCAACAAUACGGCGGCCAGGCCGAGUUUCCUCGACUUAUCGGCGCCGCAGGGUAAGCCGCAUUUUCAGUUUUGUAGCGUCGACUCGGACGGCGAAUAUCCCGAGGACGGCAACGUGAUUCUCGCCGAGGCGGAACGUGGCCGGCUGGCCGAGCCGAGCUACGACGACAGGAGCGUGACGGUGCUGUCGAGCGACGAACGCGACAAUGAUCUGCCAUCCGAACCGGCUUCGAUGCCGCCGGUGCUCUCGUCCACCAGCAGCACCAGCACUGUCGCCUUCAGCUACAAGAACCCGGCUUAUCAGAGCGCCAAUCCAGCUUGCGGCAGCGCCGGCAGCGACCCGGCUGGACCCAAGAGCAAGGUCGCGCACUCGAGCGAUCAGGACAUCCCGGGAAAGAUCCUGGGAACGGACGAUCCGGGUGGCAGUAAGGGACUGUUGAAGUGGAAAGGCGUAAUGUUCGCUCCGAACGAUGAGGUGGAUCACGGCACCGAGCACGAAGAAACUGGAAAGGACACCACGGAUUCGGUCGCUCCCAUCGAGGAUCUUGAACAAGGCAGCGAGGUGUUCAUGGUGGAGCUGACGCGUGGGUGGAACAGCCGACUGGGCUUCAGCUUGCAGCCGGAAGGAAAUCGUACAGUGAUAUCAGUGGUGCAUCCUGAUAGUGUCGCGGCCAAGGAUGGCAGACUCAGGCAAGGUGACGUGUUAUUGAUGGUUAACGAGGAGAGUGUGGAACACAUGUCAACGGCUGAUAUAAUAGAUCUGUUGCGCAAAAUACGCGGUUCAAUAGGCAUCACGGUAAUGAGGAGAUCCAAACGGGAUAAUAUAACGUGACACUAGUCCAGUGAUCGAGAGAAAACGAAAGAAAAACGAUCUGAUUGAUGUUAUAUCAGCGAGCAAGAUUUAUAUCUGUUUCUACCAAUGUAGAACUUUAAUCUCUGUUUAAUUUACUUUUAUCUUUUCCUAAAUUUUCGAACGAAAAUAAAUAAAUAAAUAAAGUUAAAGCGAGAUUGAAGUUAAUCUGUAUUGGUAGAAAUGGACGUCGAACACGAGGCUAACGUAAAGAAAAUUUAGCCAAGAGAAAAUGCUAAUUUUUUUUUUUUUUUAAUAAAAUUUCUAUUAAGAUUGAAAUGAAUGAUGGUAGAAAUAAGUAGCAAAAUAAUAAUUAUUAUUAAUAAUAAUUAUUAAAAAAUAGAGAGGAUUACAAAAGAAGAAAGUACAAUAAGAGGCGUUAUGAAUUGGCGGAUCCUCGAAAGAAAAAAAGAAUAAAUCCGCCACUGUCAACGGAUCUUCUAUGAAGAAGCAUCUUUGCAAGAUAAUCUUGUUCAUCUGUGAAAGACAGUGCGGACGCCUCCGAUCAUAAAAAGGGGUCAUCUUUGACCUGGUCGAUUAUAAAAGACUGCCGUCGAAAAAUAUUCGCAGAUGCCAUCCAUUCGCAGAUAAUAUCCUUGAUGAAUGUUCGGAGAUAAGGAGUAACUCGUUCUUGCGAGAUUAUUUGGAAGGAAGCUAAGGACGCUCCUUCCAGAGACGUAAAAUUAAGAUGUCAUUCUAGGGCACGUACCGAAUUCUCGGUUUCGAUAUCGCGUGCGAAUCAAUCUCGGAACGUAAUCCGCGAAUCAACAUUAUUUACGAUUGCAAUUCCAUUGGAAUCGCAGUAACGUGAUUCCAAUAUGAUUUAUCCCAGAAGAACGCUCGACGUGUCAACCGCGACAGAUUGCACAUUAAUUAUAGGAUAAUCGAAGUGCUCUCUCGUAGAUUCGAUUUGCGGUAAUGUUCCCGAAAAGCGGUAUCCUCUUAUGAUUAAUGCGUUCGACGAAUUCGAGAAUCAAAAAGGAUCAAUCAAAAUGUGAUUAGGAAGAAACAAUAUUGCAAAAUGAAACUUGAUCGGCUGUCAGGAAACAAAUUAUCGAUUAUCCAUCGAGAAAAUGAUCUUGUCCUUUUUUUUAUAAAACUACGAUAUGUACAUAACUGUAAAAAGAUAUUCUUUUAAAUAUAUUCACGAGCGUGAAAAGAAAAACUCAUCUGGGAGAGCUUGUAAUAUAUCUUACAUAUCUUUGUAAAUCAUGCGUAUUCUACCAAUUACUUCAUAAAGAAAGAAAUACAGAGUCCUACGAAGAAUA